AUCUAUAAAUCAAACUCAUUCAAGAUGUCUUAUGCUAAUCAAUACCCUGUCAGUUUCAAGAACCAUAUCGAAAAGAUCGCUAUUGUCGGAGCCAGUGGUCAAUCAGGAAGCUACAUUGUUGAAGAGCUUCUCAAGACUGGAAAGCACAAAGUCACUGCUAUCACUCGUGCUGAUAGCAACUCAAAGUUUCCCGCCGGUGUCGAGGUAAAGCGAGUUGAUUAUGACAAUCAAUCCUCCCUUGUGGAAGCACUUCAAGGUCAAGAAGCUCUGAUCAUCACCAUGGGUGUUAUGGCGCCACAAGAUCAACAGACAAAAUUGAUUGAAGCUGCUGCUGCUGCCAAAGUUGCAUGGGUCAUUCCCAACGAGUUCGGCGGCGACAACGCCAACGAAGCACUGCUUAGAGAUAUACCAAUCAACGCAGUCAAAGUUCAAUACCGUGAACAAAUCGAAAAGCUCGGAGUUAGCUCAUGGAUUGGCAUAUGCUGUAACUUCUGGUACGAUUACAGUCUCAGCCGAGGCAACUAUUCCAUCGACAUCAAGAAUCGCACUGCAACGUUCUGGGACGAUGGCAACACUCGCAUCAACACUAGCACAUUACCUCAAGUUGGUCUUGGAGUCGCAAAUUUGUUAAACUUGAAGGUGCUUCCCGACAACGAGCAAGAUACAAGCCCAUGUUUGAGCAACUACAAAAAUAAGUUCGUAUACAUCGCCUCUUUUUGCCUAAGCCAGCGCGAAAUGUUGGCUUCCAUUCUGCGCGUCACAAAUGCAACCGAAGAAGAUUGGAAGAUUGAGUAUCGCCCUGUUGAAGAAGUAUUUAAGGAAGGCGUGGAAAGAUUCCAGAAAGGCGACUUUAUGGGCAUGCUCAGUGGGAUGUAUUCACGCAACUUUUUCAAAGAUAACUCUGGCAAUUAUGAAUUGACCAGAGGCCUUGAUAACGAAAAAUUGGGUCUGCCAAAGGAAGACGUGGACAAAUAUACCAAGAUUGCUGUUGACGCCGUUCUCAACGGUGAUGUAGCUCAAUUCUAGUUUUAGUUAUUGAAAAGCCAACGUUAUGCAUAAUAAAGAACGGCAGAUACCAACGGUAUCAAGCCGCUUUAGUGAAUCCAGA